AUUCGGUUAAGAACCUUUGUUCGUUUAAGUUGCUCUGAGUUAGCUUAUCUUCGUACUCGAUGGCUUUUGCACCAAAGCCUGGGUGUCCUGUGUGUGGGAUCGUGGCCACUGCAGCGGUUCAUGCCCCCGGACAGUCCCCACGCUCACACAGCCCAGACGAGCCGACAGAGCCAGAAAUACUCUGGAGAGAUGAAAAUUUCACUGCGUACCGGGAGAACGCUCAUCCAGUAUCUUCCAGUGGUCAUAUAAUCAUAGCGUUCAAUCUCCAUGUUCCAUCGAUAUACACCCUGUCUUCCAGUGACUUGCCUCUUCUUGUGAAUGUUAGAAACCUUGGAAGGAGGCUUUUGUCCGCGUCGUCGCCGCCCUCUUCCCCCCCUUUCUCAUCUGGCAAUAGUUCCGCCGCAUCCUCGGAACCUCAUACCGAAUCCCAAUUUCGGAUCGGCUUCAUUACUCCACCUUUCAAGGACAACAAGAUUCCUAUCACAGAUCAUCUUCAUGCACACGCCUAUCUAGCCCCUGCCGAUCUACUUGGCUGGUGGAGAGGUGUUGCAUAUGGUCCUCUCGCUUGGUAUGAUGUCGAUGAUUUGAUUGCUGAGAUUCGGGAGUCAGUCUCGAACAAUCGCGUGAAAUCUGGUUACGAUAAUCGGAUAAAUCCCCCGAUAGACACGGUUCCCGAGGCAGGCGCGCGAACUGGUGCAGCCAAUGGUGACGAAUAUGCCGCUUCGAGUCUAGCUAUCCCUGACCUUGAGGAUGGUCUCAUAUCCCCAAACUCUUCUAAUACCUCCUUUGCCACCAGUUCUAGUGGUCUUAUACCCUAUUUACACGCAUGAUAAACACAUCAAUUUCCAUCUUGACACAUUUCAUGUACCUAGCAAGUCCUCGGACCAUAAUGACUCAUCACAAACAACUGAA